AUGGUUUCCGUUCCAAACCUUUUAGGCAAAUUUGCCACAAAUAUUGUUCGUCGAGAAUUAAUUGAAAUCAUGCAGAAGUUGAAGGAAUUUCGACAGUACACUUGCUUCAGCAUAAGGUCAAACGAACCGGCCGAUUGCACUUUAAUGUUCAAAGAAAACAAUGAACGAACUACUAUUAGUGACAGUGGAUGUUUUUCGGAAAGAGAUCUGGAACGACAUCAAAUAUUCACGUAUUGUCCACUUCAAUGUCCAGGCGCUGAAUCUGCUUAUGUGAUCUUGAAGAAACCAUCGAACAAUAACAAAUGUGCAGCGUUUUUUUCAUAUAAUGUUGUAAGGCGAAAAAAUGAUUGGUUUUUUUGGCGGUCCGGAAAGUGUUUAUACGAAGAAAUUCAAUUUGAUAUUGGCUGUACCUUUCCAUUUAAGAAAUUAAAAAAAGGAAAAAACGAUUCAUUCGUUGGUCAUGACCAGUGA